AUGAAUUAUAGAAAUAAUGGUAGUUCAUUUAUAUUGAUUUUAAUAUUUCUACUAUUUUGUACUAUUAACUAUACAUUUUCAUUACAUUUUGAAUUGAAUGAUGCAUCAAAAUUAAAUGAAAGAUUGAUUAAAGGAAAAGAUGAAUUGGAAUCUAUCCUUGUCAAAUCAAAGAGAAAUGAAUGCUGGCAACAAUGUAUUGAAUCUUUAAAGAAUGGUUGUAAGGAUAUGGAUGAUAUAGAAAGAUCAAGAUUGGCCGUUAAAUUAACAAAUUGUCAUCUGGAGAAAUCGGGAUUGAAUUCCUAUCGUUGCAAUGAAAAGAUGUCAAUACCAGAGUGUACAUCGACUAUGAGUGAAUUGACCUCGCUCAAGACACAACUCGAACAAUCGAUGGACUAUCUGAACCGAAUCACCACACAGUCUGACGAUCUCAAACAAUCACUCAGAGACACAACUCUCAAACAAGAUAAUCUACUACAAUCACAGAAACAACUAUCAGAACAACAUCAACAAUCUUCUAAAAUUUCAUUAGAUUUAUUAUCACAAAUUAAAGAUACAUCUAAUUUUAUUUCAAGUAAUACAAUGGAAUCACUUGAUAAUCAAAAUAGGUUAUUAUCUUUACAAAAAGAAGCAAUAGGUGACUUGAAUGGUAUUGGUGAGAUCACUGAGAGUUGUCUUGCAAAACAAAAGGAAAUAAUGAUAUCACAAGAUAGAAUAGCACAAAGUAAUCAAAUCAUUGUUGGUAUUCUUGAUGGUUUGACUACCAUUUCAAAUUCUAUUCUCUCUGAAUUCAUUGAUUUCAAAUCUUUAAUAUAUUAUUUACUUUUAUUUAUAUUUAUAUACUUUGUAACAUCACAAAAGAAAACACAAUCAGCAAGAAUACCAUUAUAUGCUGGAUUGAUAGUUCAAUUGUUUGUUGAAAGAUAUAUUGCCGGUGGUUCAUCGUUUGACCAUCUGAUACCACAGAUACUCGUAGAUCUAAUACAGUUGGAUGCUUCUGGAGUUCGUUCUCAUCGGAAAGCUCAGAAAGUUGUACCUUGCCUACCUGACAUUCGUGUUGACAAGCUCUCUUUGGUUCUAUCGCGACUACGAACAGCUCAACCAUCAACUACUCAUCAAUCUAAAUGA